AUGACUUCGGUCCAGAAGCAAGAUUUGAGACUGUUCGACGAUCAUUCAGUUCUAUCCCAAUCGCUCUUUCGCCCAGAAAACCACCAUGCCUUAUUUGUGACACAUAAGCUGGGAACAUCUCCUGCAUGGCUGAUAAAUGCACUUUUAGAAACGCAUAUCCUUGGGGCUCCGCUCACGUUGAAUGAAUCUCAAGCGAGUGCCAUAAACACUGCCAACAGACGUCUCGCGAAUGCUGUAACAAGAAGCACAAAAAAUACAGCCAUCGCUUCUUGGGUUCAUAAUAGCGAGUUUUUCCAUUCCGCACUAGGAAAACUGAAGAUCGAUCCCUCGAGAUAUAAAGUUCACGAUUAUCUGAGUGACUUUGUGCUGAAAUAUCACGGAAAGACAGGACAGAAAAUUCUGAAAAACCUGGUCCAAGAGUUGACAGCUGAGCCAAAGCCGGAUUUCCUGAUCUUGGAGCAACCUGAAUUACUUUUGCAUUUGUUGAACAUAUCUAGCGAUGAACUCCAUUUGGACUUCAUAAACCAGCUGACGAAAAUCAUCCCGCUGAUUGUCAUAGUGAGCUACACAGAAGCCUACGAUAAUCCCGGCACAGACACCUCCGAGCGAAUUUCCGCAAACAUGAUUGAGCAGAUUCGUUUUUCAAAUGGUUGCGUGUUUAAAAGCAUUGCUGUGUUGGGUAUCAGACCGCUUAAGACUGGGCGAGCCAAAGACGUGACAGGAACUUUGACCAUCACGAGGGGCGGAGCAUCACUCUCACACUUACCAAUUGAAGUUGCGGAAAACGAGUACCUGUUUCAAACACAAAAAGAUACCACGAAGUUGUUCUACCGCUAA